CGCUUUGUUACUUUUCUCUUUUCCUUGCUCUGCUCUGGAACUUUUUAGCACUUCUCGCCAGUUUUCCUAUCGACAGAUAGGUCAGCUGCCUCCGGCAAAUACCUGAAAACACAGCGUCAUCCCCGCCAAAAGCUUAUAUAUAAUCGACACGGGGCCCCUGCCAUACGCACACUCAGCGGCGGGUACUGCUCCCCUCCCACCUCUUCCUCCAGCCUCCCGAAUUGCGAUCCACCUCAUUGAAGACCACCAAUUUUAAUCCCCAAUGCUUCUCGCGCUAAACCCUAAAUCUCAGUAGAGUCCGUCCACAAAGAGGCUAAGGUGUCAUGCUCGGACACGCGGUGGUUGCGUUGCCCGUGUUCCGUUCGUGCAAAUAACUGCGGUUGUAGAGUUUUUCAGGUGAAAUAGGGAGGCAGUUCCUACAAAAUCGAAUUUCUGAGCAGCUGUGUCGAGGUAUUUGGGGGGUUUUGUCUUCGGCGGGCGGGGCCGGGGGAAGCAGAGGCACAGGGGCAAGCCCAGCAGGGAAAUGUGGGAUGUGGCCGUGGCUGGAGAAGAUUGCGUCCGCGUGCUGGGACCGGGUCCGGAGGUACACGCUUACGAGGAGGGAUGAGGAAGACGGCGGCGGCAGCGGGAGCGGGAGCGGCGCCGACGCCGUCGACGACGACCUGCUGUGGUCGCGGGACCUCGCGCGGCACGCGGCGGGCGAGUUCUCCUUCGCCGUGGUGCAGGCCAACGAGGUGCUGGAGGACCACAGCCAGGUCGAGACGGGCGCCGCCGCCACCUUCGUCGGCGUCUAUGACGGCCACGGCGGCGCGGAGGCGUCUCGUUUCAUAUCGAACCACCUCUCCGCACACCUCGUCCGUAUUGCCCAACAAAGUGGAACAAUAUCUGAGGAUGUUGUUCGAAAUGCCUUUUCUGCUACAGAGGAAGGUUUCUUGUCACUUGUGCGUAGGACACAUUUAAUAAAACCUUCUAUUGCUUCUAUCGGAUCUUGUUGCCUAGUUGGUGUCAUAUGGAGAAAAACUCUGUACCUGGCCAAUCUUGGUGAUUCUCGGGCAGUCGUUGGUUGUUUAACUGGAGCAAACAAGAUUGUUGCCGAGCAGCUAACAAGAGACCACAACGCAAGCUUGGAGGAAGUGAGGCAGGAACUUAGAUCUCUUCACCCUGAUGAUUCACAAAUUGUUGUUCUUAAGAAUGGUGUUUGGCGCAUCAAAGGCAUUAUACAGGUUUCAAGGUCUAUAGGUGAUGCAUACUUAAAGAAGAAAGAAUUUGCUAUUGAUCCAUCCAUAACUCGAUUCCACCUCUCCGAGCCUCUGCGCCGACCUGUCCUAACGUCAGAGCCAUCUGUAUGCACAAGAGUUCUUCGGUCACAAGAUAGUUUUGUUAUCUUUGCAUCUGAUGGAUUGUGGGAGCACCUGACAAACCAGCAAGCAGUCGAAAUUGUGUACAACAAUCCACGAGAAGGUAUUGCAAGGAGGCUCGUAAAAGCAGCUUUGAAAGAAGCUGCACGGAAGAGGGAAAUGAGGUACAAUGAUAUCGCGAAACUUGAGAAAGGAGUCCGUCGAUUCUUCCAUGAUGACAUCACAGUUGUUGUUGUUUUCAUUGAUCAUGAGCUACUGCAGGAGGGGAAUGCUUCUGCGCCUGAACUUUCAGUUCGUGGGUUUGUUGAGUCAGGAGGCCCCUCCAGCUUUUCAGGGUUAAAUAGCAUGUCUUGAUAUACUAACCUAGGUGAUCUUGCUGGCUGCUAUUCUAGUGUGAUCUUACAUUUGCACUCUGAAGUCUUGUCUUCGUUCUGUUCUUGAAUAGUCACAAUACUUUAACGAACGGAUAUUAACUUGAUGCUGCCUUGGAAUUGCCAUACAAUUCUUAGUAAUGUCCGGCUACAGUGCUUAUCUGCUCCCCUAAGGACAACGUGCUGUUAGCUCGAUGACCGUUCGACAAUAAUUGCUUAUCAGUAAAGAUAUGGUAUUUUGAACUUUA